GGACGCGUCUACAGGCGCGGGAAGCUGAUCGGCAAGGGCGCCUUUAGCCGCUGCUACAAGCUGACGGACAUGUCCACCAGCGCCGUGUUCGCCCUCAAGGUGGUGCCCCGCGGCGGGAGCGGGGCUGGUCGGCUGCACCCUCGGGGGCAGGUGGAGCGCGAGAUCGCCCUGCACAGCCGUCUGCGACACCGCAACAUCGUGGCCUUCCACGGACACUUCGCUGACCAUGACCACGUGUACAUGGUGCUGGAGUACUGCAGCCGCCAGUCUUUGGCCCACGUGCUGAAGGCACGGAAGACCCUGACAGAGCCUGAGGUGCGCUACUACCUGCGGGGCCUGGUCAGCGGCCUGCGCUACCUGCACCAGCGUCGCAUCGUGCACCGAGACCUCAAGCUCAGUAAUUUCUUCCUUAACAAGAACAUGGAGGUGAAGAUCGGAGACCUGGGGCUGGCUGCCAGAGUGGGGCCGGGGGGCCGCUGCCACAGAGUGCUCUGCGGGACCCCAAACUUUCUGGCCCCAGAGGUUGUCUCCAGGAAUGGGCAUUCCUGCCAGUCAGACAUCUGGGCACUGGGCUGCAUCAUGUACACGGUGCUGACAGGCGCCCCGCCCUUCAUGGUGGCACCCCUGUCGGAGAUGUACCAAAACAUCCGCGAUGGCCGCUACCCGGAGCCUGCCCACCUAUCACCCAACGCACGACGCCUCAUCGCCCACCUCCUGGCGCCCAACCCGGCCGAGCGGCCCAGCCUGGACCACCUGCUGCAGGAUGACUUCUUCACGCAGGGCUUCACUCCGGACCAGCUGCCACCCCACUCCUGCCACAGCCCACCCGUCUUUGCAGUCCCCCAGCCUCUGGGCAGGCUCUUACGGAAGGUGGGCCGGCUGCUGCUGACCCAGUGCCGGCCACCCUGCCCCUGCACGCCUAAAGAGGCCUCAGGUCCAGGAGAAGAUGAGCCCAAACCUGGUUCCAUGAAGUGGGGCAGCAAGGCCUCCCUGUCUGAGCGAGUGACUCCCUUCCCUGAGGUCCCCAUCCACCUGCUCGCACGAGGAACGCUUCGGAGUGAGCCGGCAGGGCCCGAGGGCAGCCCACGGCUGGAGGUGGAGGCGGCCAUGAGAAGCCUGCAGCUCUGCCUGGACGCCGGCCCCCUGGCCGCACAGGAUCCCCCAGGAGAGCAGCGGCCCAUCAUCUGGGCCCCCGAGUGGGUCGAUUAUUCCAGCAAGUACGGCUUUGGCUACCAGCUGUCAGACGGGGGCCGGUGUCCUGCUGCGGGAUGGCACCCACAUGGCCUUGCGCCCCCCAGGAGGGAGGAGGCCCUGCCUGCACCACCUGCCAGCCCCAGCUUCUGCCUGCUGCGCUUCCUCGUGUCCGAGCAGGCCCUGCUGCUGCUGUUCAGUGACGGGACGGUGCAGGUCAGCUUCAGUGGAGUCCAGUCUCAUCUGGUGCUGAGGGGCGAGGGUGCAGGGCUGAUGCUCACCCACUGGGAGCAUGGCCGUCCUGGCACCUCCUACUCGCUGGGCGUCCUGCGGAGCCACGGCUGUUCUGCAGCUGCCCGCCAGCACCUUCACCACGCCCUCCGCAUGCUGCAGAGUAGCUAGUGUCCCCGAGGGUCAGAGUGGACCUCUGCAUGAUGGUGCCAAGGACCCAGGCUCCAUUUCUAUUCCUGUUGCUCCUCCAGAGGGGAUGUCCUUGGGGAGAGUUUGGGGGUCACACAGGAGGCAUGGGAGAAUGGGGAUCCUUGCCUUAUGGCAUGACUGUUCAACCCUGCUUUUGUGGGCUUUGUUCUUUUUUCAUUAAAGAAAACUUAACACUG